GGAUGAGGGUGUGUUCAGUAUAAUAAAGAAUGAAGCUGCUUGUUUGGAACAGAGGAAAGCAAGACUGAGAUUCUAAGACCAGUAGUGGAAUUUCCCAUCACAACAAAUGGAGAUGGAAAGUUGGUCAGUUGAUCAAGUCUGCAACUGGUUGCUACUGAAAAACUUAGGAGACCUGGUUCCUAAAUUUCGUGAAGAAGAAGUGGGUGGCGCCGCUCUGUUGGCUCUUAACGACAGGAUGGUCCAGCAGCUGGUCAAGAAAAUUGGGCACCAGGCAGUGUUAAUGGAUCUGAUUAAAAAAUGCAAGCAGCAGACAGAAGGACCAGCUUUUACCUGCAAAGAGCCCUUCUCUGAGUCACCAGGAGAAUUCAGUGGAACCCCUGGCAUUCAGCUAACUGUUGGACAGGCGAAUUGUUUCUCUCCCAAUGAAAGCCAUGAUGAUGGAUCCAUUGACCAAAGAGUUCUCAAACAAAAGAAAAACAUGAGGCAUGUUUUAGCAAGAUGCAAAGCAUUGCAAUGGACAAAUUCAUAUAUUCUGCCUGAGUUCCCUUAUGAUGUCAAAUGCAUAUUAGCAGAAAGAAAAUGCCCUGACCACAGUGUGAGAAUAAGGAUAAUUGAAUUCUUGCAAGCUGACAUGACAAAGUAUCUUGAAGGAUCACUAUAUCCAACCACUCAGCAAUAUAAUGAUGUUGUCAAUGAAUUGCUCCAGGCAUACCCUUUUCUUGAUGAGGAUGGGAAUGGCUUUUUUCUAUGGAAACGAGCCCUUAAAGACCGUUUCAAGUAUGUGCGGAGACCGAUAGAUGAUGAUGAACAGGUAGUGAGGAAUAAAUGCAAGUUUGGACACAGGCGAGGGCAGACCAGAAAAUCUUCUGAAAACAGGUGUGAGAAGGUCCAAGGAGUGCACACAAAAGUUAAAAACAUUUACAACAAAGACCUUGAUGUUGAGAUAAAUGAACAUAUCAGCUGGUUUAAGGAAGAAUAUAUGAAAACCGAGAGAAACUGGGUAGAAGUGGACAACAGGAUGACCAAGACUUUAGAAAUAAGAAGGAAGAUGAUCAAUAAAGAGAGGAAGCCUUUGAAAGAAAUUCUCAUGCUAUUCCCCUUUUUGAAGUGUCCUUAUCAGCUUUUUAGAGAAUAUCAUCUUCUAACACGCAAAGACAUUUACAAGAAAACAGCUGAGAUUUUGGAAGCGUAUUCAGAGGACAUACUGACGUCGUAUGUGGUGAAGAAUAGCCCAGUUAUUGUUGCUCUGCAGAAGAAUCUGAAGCAGUACAUGGAAGAUGACAUUCAGACAUAUAUGAAGAUUACUGCCACAUGUUUACUUUUGCCAGAUGUUUUUGGAGAGGAUUCCUGUUUGCUUGCUGCUGUGAAUGAGGAGGUGAAAGUGUCAACACCAGUACUAGAAGUAAAAUACCCAUUUGAUGUAAACGUGUGUGAGUGUUCCCUGUAUGUGGAGAAGGAGAAAUUGGCCCAGCUGGAUGAUUGUACAAUGGCCCUCGCAGCUCUGCUGGCUUCCUACCAUGUCUUUGGCAUUCCAUACCCUAAAAGACUGUACAAUACACUCCACUUUUUGGAGUCCCUCAUCUUUGAAGUCAAGUGUCCGCAGUUCCUUUCAGCAAAAAUCAAGUAAACUGGGAAAAAUGUGAAUGUACCAAUACUGAAUAUUACUUAAUGUGGCUUUGGGGCAGAAUCCAGUUGCAAGUAAUUCCUGGUUUUAUCAUUUGCCAUUUUGAUUGAUUUAAGUGCACUUUUUAGGAUAAUCUUGCUCCUUCAGUAAAAAAAAAAAGUUACCGUAGAUGUUUUAUGAACAUUUGCUUUUAUAGCAACUAUCUUCUCCCUAAUACUCAUAUUCUUAACACCCAACUCGAAUGGGAUGUGGGUUGUUUUUAAUGUUUCCAUGAAUAUCCUGUCCCUCUAGUUUCAUAACUUUGUUAUUUCCUAACAGUGUUCAUAAAAAUGUAAUGCAACUUGAUUUUAAAUAACUACCUAUGGUCCUGUGACAAAUGCAUUUUAAUUUUAAAUGUGUUGACUCUGUAUCUAAUGCAUCCAUGCUAGAUGAUUGUGCAGUUCUACCUUGACUUAAAAGAAACAUUCCUCAGGAGAGCCAUUAAAAAUAAUCAUAAUGGGGCAAGAGUGGGAGGUUCAUGUUGCCGAAGCCAUUGGAACCACUUUUAUUUCUAGAAGUAUAGAAGUAUAGUAUAGAAGGGAAGUAUAAAAGUAAGAGAACGAUGGCACAUGUACAACAUGAGAUGAUCCCUUGCCUAUCUAGCUAACAUGAAAAUAUGUACCAUGUGUGAAAAAUGACAUACUUACUUCCCACACUAAUUUCGCCAGCCAUGUGGCAAUGUAAGUAACCCCAUCUAGUUGUUUACAGAUGUUACCAGAGGACUGAACCAUAGCAAAGCUUCUUUCCACUCUCUUAGCUUGUGAGAAUACCACACACUGCUCACGUGUUGAAGUGUGGAGGUUAGAAACACUCUAUCUCUAUUAACACUCUGUUAACAGAUAUUAACAGGCUCCAGUACCAAAUUCUACACUUGUAAAGCACACUCAGUAGUCUCAUUUGCACAUCAGAGCAAACUAUUACUG